UCCAAUCAGAACGUAGAAUUAGUCGUCCUCGAUAUAAUUUCCUCCAUGAAGCCCGAUUGAAAACAGUUAUCAUCUCCAUUAUUUACAAUGUCUAAUUACAAAAUUGGAGUUAAUUUAAGGGUGACAGAAAAUAGCAAUCAAGGUGGAAGAAAGUAUAUGGAAGAUAAUAAUUGUAUACAAUUUGUCAAAAAUGACGAGGGCGGAUAUGAAUUUGCAUACUUUGGAAUAUUCGAUGGCCAUGGCGGUUCCGAAGCGUCAAAGUUUGUCCGUGAUCAUUUAUUGAAGCAAAUUAAGAAAUACGAUUACUUCUGGGAUGGUGAUGAUGAACAGAUUUUGUCCGCUAUUAGAAAUGGCUUUCUCGACACUCAAGAACUUAUGUGGAAAGAAGUUGGUAAAUGGCCGCGGACAGCCAGUGGUCAUCCAAGUACUUCUGGCACUACAGGCAGCAUAGCAAUAAUUAAAAAUUCCAAGCUAUACAUUGGUCAUGUUGGUGAUUCUGGGGUCGCCCUUGGGUAUGACCAAAUCAGAAAGUCUGAAAACCAAUCAGUUAACCAAAUUGCUGGAGUUAUGCUGACGAGGGAUCACAAACCAGAUAGCCCAGAGGAGAUAAAGAGGAUUGAAAAGGUCGGAGGUCAGGUGGUAGCCAAAGCUGGAGUCCAGCGAGUAGUGUGGAACCGCCCAAACAUCAGCAACAAGGGCCCAGUGCGAAGGAGUACCCCGAUCGACAAGAUACCAUUCCUAGCCGUAGCAAGAAGUUUAGGUGAUUUAUGGAGCUUCAAUUAUCAGAACAAUGAGUAUGUCGUUUCUCCUGUUCCGGACGUCUGUGUUCAUGAGCUGGAUCCAGAUAUUCACAGGUGCCUAAUCUUGGGUUCAGACGGAUUGUGGAACAUGAUGACAGCAGAGGCGGCGGCUGCCAUGGUGGCAGACUUGGAGUACCACUUUGAAUACAAAGUUAUCCAUGAUUUGAAUGUACCUGUGUCUUACUGGAUAAAUCCAGCAGAAAAACUCGUUCAAAAAGCUCUGUACAAAUGGCGGGCUAAAUUUAUGAAAGCUGACAAUACAAGUUGUAUUGUGGUGUUGAUUGAUCCACUUGGACCCAGAAAACUCUCCAUUCUCAAGAAGAAGAGGGAGGAAUUUCACCAGAAUAUAGUACAUGAGAAAAGUGUUCCUUCUUCUCCAGUUAGGACUUCUCCAAGGAAACACGAAAAUGCUACAAAGCCAGAGGCAGUGAAGAGUGCUAAAGAAGACGAGAACAAGAAGAAAUUGUCAUUCAGUCGAAAUAGCACGCACAGUGUGACCCCAAAAACAGUUGUCUCUCCUGUCUCAACAGAAAAAUCCAAACGGUCCUCCAUACCCACCGUGGGUAAUUCUGUACUAGAUGACAGUAUUCAAGCUAACAGUGUCCAUUUCAAAGCAAAUCUGGUGCAAGGAAUGUGUGCCAAAGAGAAGCUCAGUGUGAGCUGCUCUAAUGUGUUUGCAAAAUUCAAAGGUAGCAAAUCGGACUUGGAUGUGAAUAAAUCCACACAGGGUGUUCCAAUCACAAGAGCAAGACAUCACUCUGGAAAUGUGAUCCUUCAGUCACAUAAAUCACAAAAACAUCUAGAUCAAAACCAAAAACCAUUGAGAAACCAGGUUUUUACUGCAUCAUCAUUGAAAGAUCUUUCUGUGCUGACAGACAGCUUAAAACCUUACCAGACAAACCGAGUUCACAUACCAGAGAAAAAUAUGAAAGAAGUGGAACCUCCAAUCUCUUCCUGCAGUCUCAAAGAUGUACAGAAUUUCAUGGAUUGUGGCAAAAGUGAAAUUAAGGUGCGAACAAAUAGUGAUAUGAAUCAAAGAGCAAACAAAAGGGAUGCAAGUCAAAAAGAUUUGAAAGUGGACAAUAUUAUAAAGGAUAAUUCUGCAGAAUGUGGGGGGCAUUUUCUGCGAAGACAUUCUGUCAGUGCAUUGGAAAGUAAAAAGGCAUCAUGUGUCGCCUCAAAACUGAGAAAGGUGAAGCGUAGGUCCUUGCGGUGUCGAGGUCAAGUAGAGAACAAGGUCAAAGCAAGCACAUCAACAAUCCCUGGUGUGAAGCGGAAAAGAAACAGUAACGAAGAUGUACCUCACACAAAGAGGACGUGCCGGAGAUAGUGCUAGUAUAUUUAUUUUAUGUAUGGUUGUGCAUGUUGUUCUCUUUUCUUUCUAGAUUGGAUCUUUUUUGAAAUUGUCAACACACAAACAUCUAUGCAUUUGCCAAAGGUUUUCUGAAUACUCAAAUUUUCACCUUUAAUACCAAUAAAUCAGAAAGAUUUUUUCCAUUAUGUCAGCAUAAACUUGUAUUUUUACACAUUACAUUAAUGGGUCUUCUUCACAUGGUCUCUAUAUAUAGAAUGUCAAGAACAUUUCUUCUGAUUUUAUUGAGAUGGAGGAAGUGAGCAAUAUCAAAUUCGUCUUGUACCCCAUGUGGAGAAGUUUGAGGAGUAGAGUUAUUAUGACAAGCACUAUGCACACUGACUCGAGUAAUUUCUGUUCAAUGUUUCUGUAAUUUUCUGUUAUUUAAUGUUUCAAUGUCGAUUUUUUUUUUUUAUCUUUUCAAAAUUUGGAAGCUCUUGGGGAAGGGGGGAGCUUUACCAAUGUUUUAUUAUAUUUUGCAGAGUAUAUAACGUGCUAUAAAACCAAUCAAUAACCACCAUUCAGUACUAUCAUUGUGUAUGGCAAAAUGGCUAGCUGUUAAAAGGUUAAAAUUUAUUAUGAAGAAUUUGAUUUCUCAUUUCUGAUCAAUUUUACUAGAAAUUAAAUUUUAUCAAUCAUUUCAAACAUUCACAACAAUUUUACUCUGACAUUCUUACAAAUUACCAAUUGAUUUUAAGUAACUUUGUGCAGCUGAAUGAGUGAACUCUUUACCAAGUUACACUGAUCAAUUUUAUAGUUAUUUUGUGUUUAAAGCCUAAAUUUACUAAGAGAAAAUUAACAGUUUGCAGUUAAUGUGAUUUUCUACUUGCAGCACACCAAAAUCAUUUUUAUGCAAUGCAAAUUAUAAAUUGAACAAUUUUUAAGAUGCACAAUAAUUUUAUGAACAAAAACUGGUCUUUUAAAUGUUUUCUGUUUUGACUUGAAAUGUUUUAUUUACUGUACUGAUUAUUCAAAUUAUUUAAUAUUAAGCAUUCUUUCUUGUACUUAAAUGUAGACAAAACAGUUUUAGUUAUUUUCUGUUAUUAUUAAAUUCUAUGGGUGUAAAACCAUUAGUUUUAGUAAUUAUUUUUUGGUCAAUAUUGGACUGCUAAUCUUAAUGUUGACUUGUCAUUGUUUAAUGUGUAUGUGUUUCGUAUGGUUAUAUAUGCUGAUUAUAGUGCUAUAAAAAAAUUCAUGAUGUGCUUUUUAAUUUUUCUGAUCAAUGAGAAUGAUGCAUAAUGUUAGAUUUUGUUGUUAUUAUGGACUCUUGUGAGGGAAAAAAAAACUAAGAUGUUUUAAAAGCCUGCAGCAUAUUUAAUAGUUUGACUUUGCUAAUAGUAAAACUCUGCUUCCCUACAAAAGGAUGCAGUAAGCCCCUUAACUUGAUUAAAACUGAAUAUAUUGUUUCUUUGAAAUUGCCUUUUGAAAUUCUUUCAAAUGUUGUAAAUAUAUAUAAUUUGUACAGUGAUGAUAUACAUGUAUAUUUCAUUUGAUCACAAGGUGAUGAAUGUCUUCAGGGAUUUUUGUUAGUUUGUUAUUUUUUUUUUUUAUUAUUAUUUAAAAAUUGCAAAUAUGUAUUAUAAUUCAUUUUCAUGGAACAAAUCACUAGUGUAAAUAGCAUAUGCUUUCAAAACCAUGUUAUAGUGUUAACUGAGAAUAAAAACUUUUAUAAUGUGUAAUCUUUACACAAA